AUGCAGAACUGGAGAACACUGGCGCCGAUGUUAAGGAUGUCCCGGAAAAGCUUAAAUCCAACUAAAUUGCCACGUAAUCUGGUUUUUACGUUAACAACCGCAAAGAAGAUUCAUCGACCAAAGGCAACACUUUUCAAUAACGCAAAAAGUGAAGGCACAAUGGGGUUCCCUGAUCACCAAGUAAAGUUUUAUCAGAAUGAAGCAUCUUUAGGUUAGUAUUGAACGAUCAACUGUGAAACCAUAUCAGCAAAAGCGGCAUUGGAAAUCUGAUUUUCCUUUUCAACUAAAGUGAUGAUGAAAAUUCACCAUCGUAUAGAAAUAAACGAGCGCUACCCUGUCUUCAGAUUCAAUUUUGCUCAAAAUGGAUAUAAGGUUUUUUUUUUCAGUUUGGGAAGUUGAAAGAACAUCUGAAAAACUCAGACAAAGACCACUAUGAAAGACGUGUCUUUUUUAAAUCAGAGUUUGUAUUUAAGAACCAACAGGCGUGACAGCUACAAAGACGCAGUGGAAAUUUUUCUUCAUUUCCCUUCUCCAUAGCAGAUAAAACUCGGAAGUGUUCAACACCUUUUCCUCUAAUGUAUGUUUCUUCAUUAAUUCAUUAUUUCAAUUUUUCCUGAAAGUGGCUGAUUGUCCAACAAUUUCACUCAGAGAAUUUUACUCGACCUCUUUGAGAGGAAGGUGUUUUAAGCUUAAAAAUCCUCAGUUCUUCAGUAAAAGAAGCGACGAUUCGCAUCCACGUUGUACUGCUCUUAAUGAGAUUGUCGUUUGUUUUACAGAGAAAGUUCCGGGAAAACUAGAAACUAUGACCAGCAAACAGAAACUGGAUUUCUUGGUUGCUUCUUCGCACAGUUACAGAGAUGAAUCUGCCCAGCACUACAAAACAGAUGAAAACAAAUGCCAACAGCCAGGUUUUACAAAUAUCACCGCCAUAAAGGGAAAAGGCCUCCAUCAAGGAACUCGGGAACAAAAGAUGCUCAGUGCAGUCAUUUUCAAUUCGUAUUUAUUUUGCUUGAUGAUCUAUCCUUACUUAGAUCUAUUUUUGAAGUAA